AUGCCGACCACCCGCCGGUCGUCCCGGCCCCCUCGGGGCUCGCUGUCGGCGCCGCCACCCGCCCGUCGGGACGGCGUGGCCAUCGCCGGGAGCCCGGGGCGGGAGCGCUGCGAGAGCCCGGCCAGCUGGAGCCGGUGGCUGGAAAAUUGUCAUCGCCUGGGAGUCUGUGGCUUUGUCUGCUUUCCCUGGUGGCACCUUGUUCAUGUGUCUGUUAUAACCCCUGCUGCCCCCACCCCACCCCCAGCCUGCACCUGGAGCAAGAAUCCAGCGUCUCUCCCCAACCCCCCGGCCUCCGCCUGCUCGCCGAGGUUAUGCCCCCUGUCCUUUGGCGAAGGAGUGGAGUUUGACCCCUUACCGCCGACGGAAGUGAGGUACACUUCCUCGGUCAAGUAUGACUCGGAGCGGCACUUCAUUGACGACGUCCACCUGCCCCUGGGCCUGGCAGUGGCUUCCUGCAGCCAGACGGUCACCUGCAUCCCCAAUUGCACAUGGCGCAACUAUAAGGCUGAGGUGCGCUUCGAGCCCCGCCACAAGCCCGCCCGCUUCCUCAGCACCACCAUCGUCUACCCCAAGUACCCCAAGACCGUCUACACCACCACCCUGGAUUACAACUGCCGCAAGAUGCUGAGGAGGUUUCUGUCCAGCGUGGAGCUCGAAGCCACGGAGUUCGUGGGCGGCGAUUACCUCUCGGAUGAGUGCUGACUCGAGCGGGCGGGUGGGGUUGGACCAGCUCCGCCGCAGCCCUGGUCCGGUGGGGCCACUGCUGCCCUCGCAUGUGAUGCUGGCCCCCGAGGAGUCUAACCUAGAGAUACCUCUCAGCCCAGCCUGGGGAAGAAAAUAAUAUCCUGGCAUCUUAUAAUUAUUGAGAGAAUUUGAUUUUUAAAAAAUUUUUCAAAUUGUUUUUAAAAGGAGUAGAUUUCUAGUUGGCUGCUACGUAGUUUCCCCAAAGUCUCAAUUUGAUGAGAAAAUAAAAAGUCGACUAGAGAGAAAGGAAAAUGGCCACCAUUUGAAAUGGGGGGGAGGGAAGGCUCUUCUUCCAUUGGUCAGUUUCUCCGAGGAAGAGCGCGGGAAAAUCUCUGGGAUGGAAAAAGUGACUUUUAAGAAAUUUCAGUCCUGGGUGUCUUCACAGCACCAAAGUGGUGCU